AUGACAGUUGCAAACGUCCAAGAUAUUGGUUAUGCUUUUCUGAAGACCUAUUACCAGCGGAUGCACAAUGAUCCAUCAAAGCUGUAUCACCUUUACUCCAGCACUGCUGAAUUAACUCAUAUUAAUUAUCAGGUGAACUUGAGUGAGAAAGGUGACGUGCUACCUACUGUAAAAGUUAUCGGGAAGGAAAAUAUUAGCAAGUUUUACAGCAGAAACAACAAGAUGGUGCAGGAUGUUAGGGUAAAGAUUGACGCAUGUGAUUUCCAAUCUACAGGUGCCAAUAAUACAGGCAUUUUAGUUCUAGCUUUGGGAGAGAUCUAUUGGUCAAACACGCCAACAUAUAGGUUUUGCCAGACAUUUAUACUAAAUCCUGUUGCUAACAAUAACAAAAUGUAUGACGUUACCAAUGAUAUCAUGAGAUUCAUUCCAGAUGUUAUUAAGGAGACUAUUCGAACUUCUUCCUCGGAACUUUCAGCAGCCAGUGCUGUGAGUGAGGCCCCAGCUAAGGGUGCAGUGGCCAAAUCUCAGAAGCCUUCGGUUGGGAAAGAAGAGGUAGACACGAAGGUCGAGAAGAAGACGGAACAAAAGAGAGAGUUGAAGAAAGAUGAGGCUAAGGAUACUAGGGAUACGAAGGAUGAUAGCAGGGAAACUAAGGACGUCAAUGAGGCUAAGGAAGCGAAAGAAACCAAGGAAUCGAAAGAUCACAAGGAGUCCAAGGAACCUAAGGAAACCAAGGAGCCUAAGGUAUCUAAGGACACCAAGGAAUCUAAGGAACCUCGGGACUCUGCGGAGUUUAAGGAGCCAAAGGAGACCAAAGAUAACAAAGACACCAGCGAUUCUAAGGACAUGAAAGACACCAAAGAAUCCAAAAAGGAAGCUACUUUAGCAAAGAAGGAAUCAUCUGAGGUUAGAACUGAGAAGAGGGAACCGCAUCCUGUGAGCCCAGCUCCAAUCAAGGAAAACUCGAAGACGAAUUCUAAGCUUGUCACCUACGCUAAUAAUAAGGAAGAAAGAAAAGCGGAUUCACGCCAAAAGGAUUACGCAAAGGAAGUUGAUAGAAAGCAAGCACAACAGUCAGACUCCGAGGCUCCAAGUAAGGUAAGUUGGGCUUCCCAACUAACCAAUUCCGAGUCUAAAGCGGUUCCAAACGUCAUUACCAACUAUACAAGAGUAUCACCGGAGUCGGCGAGAGCGCUAGAUAGAAAAUCUCCUCCUCCGAACAGAAACUCCAAGACGAACAACAAAAAGAUGAAACACGUCAGCGUGCCAAAUAAGGACGGAUACUAUCCAAUAUACAUUCGCAACACAGGUGGAAUAACAAAUAAAGAACUCACGGAGUCCCUAGAAAGAGAAUUUGGCACAGUGAUAAAAAUCUCCGCACAAGACUCAUUUGCUGUGGUUGACUUCGAGGAUCCUCAGUGUCAACAAGAUGCUAUCAGGAUGAACGCUUUAAAAAUCAAUAACACUACAGUAUAUAUUGGACCAAAAACAGAAAAGAAGCGAGGACCUUCCCUACCUUCAAUCUCAGCAUCAACUUCACCAACUUCUGUCAACGGAGGUCGUUUUAACAAAAAGCAUUCAAAUAAAAAGAAAGAUUAA